UACAUAUUUUACAGCCGUUCAGAGAGAUUAAAACUAAAUUAUAUAAGAUAAGUAAAUAAUAGAUUCGGAAUAGUUUAUUAUGCACAAGUCAUCACAUUUCAACGCCUCAGAUAACGUUUUAUUAUAAUGGAUAAAACAAAAUCUGACCGAAAGUGGUUAACGGCGCUGCAAGUACUGAUAGCCAUGCUGAUUCCUAACUUAGGGGGAAUACUAGGAGCAGUAUUUUCUACAAAUAGUAUACAAGGGUGGUAUCUAACUUUAAUUAAACCAAGCUGGACACCACCUAAUUGGUUGUUCGCCCCUGUUUGGGUAGUUUUGUAUUGUCUUAUGGGUAUUGCGUCUUGUUUGGUUUACAGGCGAGGAGGGGGAUUUAGAGAUAAAGCCAAAUGGUUUUUGUCAAUUUAUGCGUUAAACUUGAUAUUGAAUUGGUGCUGGUCCCCAGUGUUCUUUAACGCUCGUGACAUAUAUGCAGCGUUUAUUUUAAUAAUUUUCAUAUUGAUCACUGCCAUAAUAGAAGCUGCAGCAUUUGGAUACAUUUCUUGGAUAGCCGGAGCUCUGAUUUUACCAUAUAUUGCUUGGCUGACUAUUGCUACAUCUCUUAAUGGCUGGAUUUAUUAUAAUAAUUAAAUUGUUUUUAUUAAUGUUUAUUUUAAUUUACGCUAAAUAUUGCACAUACAUAUUGUUAGUAUCCUAAAAGCCACUUGGGUAUAUACUAUUCUAUUCAAGACACUCUUUAAAAAAAGCGACUGCCGAUCAAAGCGUAACAACUAUGCAAGUAAAAAAUUAAUUAAAAUCUGUUUUUCAAAUAAA